UUGUUGAAACUGCGCGUCCAAACCAAAGGGCUACCGUCACACCGCAAUUCUAAGCUAAUGUUAGCAUUAGCUGCAAACACAAGGUCAUAGCGUCCGGGAAAAAAUAAUCAUAGAAACGCCGGUUUCUGUAAGUCAAUACUGUAUAAUUCAACACUAUCCCACUGACUGAGACUUGCAUUUAUAAGAUCCUUUGACAAUUUCUGUCUGCACAAUGCAUCUUCCUUCACGAAUCUGAUGCUAGAAGCUAACGACAGCUAGCCGGUUAGUUAGCCCGUCCUAGCUGCCGAUCCGAGCCGACAAAGUCACUUCUACACAAUCGCUUAUUUCGAUUAAAACUGCCAUUUCAUCUCUUUAAAUGUGUAUAAUGCCACGGCGUGGGUAAGUGGCAACGUGUAGUUUAUUUCUAUCAGGCUAGUAAAACAUUGUUGGUAGCUAAAAUACGACCUACUCUCUCUUCCUCGCUCCGUCCGCCGAUGCUCGAAAAGGAAGUGUGAUUGUGAAUGUGAACGGAAGUACGCAAGUGACGUAAACGCGGAGGUCGCACCAGGCCAGGACGCACGGAAGACGAUCUCGUUGUGCGCGAUAAUUCCAUUCUCAUUUACGGCACCACCGGUGCUGCAGAAACGAGUGGAAGGUGGAAGAGAGAGAUUAGCUCCUGUGGCUAGAUUUUGUGACGCCGAGUAAUUCAACUAGCAUAGAAAAAAAAUACUGUUGUGAUUGUAAAGCUUACAUGUACUCGCUAGAGGGCUUAGCGUCGACAACAUACUGCGGCUGUAAGGUGACUUGCUGAGGAGGAUAUCUACUUUUCUCUGGGCAUGAUAAGUAACCAUAGCUAGCGGUAACCGGUAACAGUCCCUCUUCAACGUGCAGCUACUUUGGCAGGAUCUGUCUUUCCACCGAUUCUGCCUCUUUUCUUUUCGUUAUAAACAUGCCUAUUCAACUAACAAGCCAGGCUUACUGUAAAAUGCUUCUACAUGCUGCCAAGUAUCCCCACUGCGCAGUGAAUGGAUUGCUGGUGGCAGAAAAGACGAAGGAGAAAAAGAAAGACAGCCACAGUGAGCCAGUGUUGUGUGUGGACUGUGUGCCACUCUUUCACGGUACUUUGGCUCUGGCACCAAUGCUAGAAGUAGCUUUAACAUUGAUCGAUACUUGGUGUAAAGAAAAUAAUUAUGUAAUUGCUGGAUAUUAUCAAGCCAAUGAACGCACAAAGGAUUCAAGACCCAACCAAGUAGCAGAAAAAGUGGCUGCCAGGAUUUGUGAGAACUUCAGUGAAGCAGCAAUUGUUAUGGUGGACAACAGUAGAUUAACAAUUAGCUGUUUUGAGCCCAUUGUGCUUAUCUACGAUCAUCACGAAAACAAGUGGAAAAGCAGAGAAGUAACUUCUGAAUCUUUUGAGGACUGGAGUGAAGCACAGAAGAUCACAUCUGCUCUGUUAGAGGGCAGGUCCUACGAGAACUUGAUUGACUUUGACAAUCAUUUGGAUGACCUGAGAAAUGACUGGACCAACCCUGUGAUCAACAAGUCCGUCCUGGAUCUGUGUUAAGACCCUCAGUCAGGAGUACCAUGGACACGCACACACGCAUAUUGCUGCCAUAUCAGCAUGCAUGAUGCUACUUACUGUGUAGCACAAGAAUAUAAAAAUGCUGAACGUGUCGUCUUUGUCCCAUCAAAAGGCUCCCGUACUGAUGGGAUCUCAAGGAGCGCAGAUCAUUUUGGCCAAAAUCUCUCAAGGGCAAGCACCAUAUGUGCACUGUUGGCAUGUGUCCACCUUUAAAAGGUGAUAUUGAAGUGGUGAAAGAAUUUAUGUUUUUUGAAUGCAACUUAAAUGCAUUUUUUCUGCAAUGGUUUGUGUUUAUUCAUAGUUGUGUGCAUAAAGUUAAAUUCUAGAGUAUGUGAUCUAUUUUUUCCUCUUAAAUUUUACAGACAGUAGCCAUACAGAGAUAAAGUCCUAAAUUAUUUAACAAAAAAAAUUUAGAAGACAAUUGUACUUCUGAGAUAUAAUAUAAAUAUGUUCUUUAUUAAAAUCUCUAGUUUGUUUAAACCCUGAAGCAAAAUUCAUGUUAGAACUGUAGUCUGAAGAUAUUUAUGGGCAGUUGAAUUUAAAAAAAAAAAAAUUAUAAAAAGAGCAUAUGGUUGACAUAGAACCAGAGAGGCAGGUAUCUUAUAAGUUUUGUCUUUUUGGACUGUUUGUAACAUGCCAGCUAGAAUUCUUGUGUAGAUGCACAGCAAUGACAAAAAGGAUGAUUGACUCAAGAGCUUUGACUUUUAAAUUAUUAAUGGGUACACUAGCAUUUCUAUGAUGCAUUUCUCCUGCUAUUGUCAAUGGAACGCUUAAGAAUGUGAUUCUGGAUUAUAUACAUGUUGGCAUACUGGCUUCUGAUUGUUGCUCUGGAAGAUUUGCUCAUAAAACUACACUGAAUCAUAUCACAGGAAUGUGUGAAUUUUGUUCUGUGUUGGAUAUUUGUUUUAAGAAUUAGGUAAUAGUAUUUAUUUUCACUAAAUUGACCAUUCUGAAUCCAGCUAUUUAAUAAGUACUGUUAAACAUCUUAAAUAAGUAAUGUGAGGAUACCUUUGUAUUUGAGAUUAGAAUGAAUCAGUACGAGAUAAUUACUUAAAUAAUUGUGGACGUCACAUUUUUACAGAAAUUUUAUGAACUGAAUGUACAAUGAAAUAAAAUGUUUUUGAAAUGA